AUCGCCUUGGGAAGGGCGUGAACAAACUAACUUUUUGCAGAACGCAUGCGCUACCGCAAUGAUGGCUGGGAAUAGUUGGCCGACUGCAGGCCGGUGGGCGGAGAUCGUCGAUGUUUGGUUUUGGGCGGGAAUUAAAACUGCCAUUGCUGCCUGGGAGAACAUAAAAGCUGCAAAUUUCCAGCCUUGAAGGGGACCAAGAUGCGGCCUGUGCGGCAUAAGAAACCAGUCAAUUACUCACAGUUUGAAGACUCUGACAGUGAUGGUGUGGAAAAGAUGGCUUUAGAUGACAAGCUGUACCAGAGAGACUUAGAAGUUGCACUAGCUUUAUCAGUGAAGGAAACUCCAACAGUCCGCAUUGAUGUGUCGGAGUCGCAAGAAAAAAGCAUUAAAAAAUGUGGUAAUAGUGAAACAGAAACAGUGACUAAGUCUCCUCAUUCUGAGGAGGAUUCUGAUUUUGGUGAGAGUGAAGAUAAUGAUGAAGCCUUCACUGUGAGAAAAAGUAAAGCUAAAGAAAUAAAAAAGAAAGAAGUGAAGGUAAAACCCCCAGUAGAAAAGAAAGAGAAGAAACCUAAAUCCAAAUGUAAUGCUUUGGUUAAUAAAAUUAAAUGGGUGCCACCAGGAGUAUCCGGAAGUAGCAGCAGCAACAGUAGAAGCCCACAGCCAGGAGUGUCUGUUAAGUCUCCAAAUCAGAGUCUCCGCCUUGGUUUGUCCAGAUUAGCACGAGUUAAACCUUUGCAUCCCGCUGCCACUAGUAGCUGAGUGUGGGUGGUAGCAAAGAAACUUUUGGUCGAGAGAUUCACAGUUUUGUGUUUAUAUAUUUAAGUUGUGUUAUUAUUUGAGGAGAGGAUUGUAACAUAAAAGAAUCAUUUAACAUGUCAUAUAAAUGAUCUCUACCUAUUUUGUGAUUAUAUUCUCUGAAAAGCUGUUCAGACUUCAAUAAUAAAUUUAUAAGAAUUAUCUUCUAAUUUCAUUUCUUUCUGAAGAGCAUAUUCUAUUAUUUCCUUAUGUAUAAGUCAUUGUCGUUAAGUGAUUGUCAC